CGAUUCCCGAGUAUAUAUACCGGGCCCGAAUCGUUGGACAGAUCACAGUCAACCGCGAUCGACCACGGCAUCCACUACCGACAACAACAUCGUCGCAACUACUCUACACCGCACCAAACGCUCGAGGAUUUUCACUCACACGACAUGUCCGCAACAUUGAUCGUAUUCGCGGCUUUUGCCGUGGCCACCACCUUGGCUGUCUACAAGGAGCCCACUUACCCCGCGGCUGCACCCGCCUACUCAUCGCACCCGGCACCAGCCUACUCAUCACAUCCGGCACCCGCCUACUCGUCCUACCAGGCGCACGGAUACUCCGCCGCCCCGGCUUAUCGUGCAGCUCCGGCUUACCCUUCAUAUUCGGCACCAGCCUACCCCGCCGCCCCAGCAUACCCAGCCGCACCGGCCUACCCAGCCGCACCAGCCUACCCGUCAUACCCCGCCGCACCAGCCUACCCGGCAUACCCAGCUGCACCAGCAUACCCAGCAGCACCAGCAUACCCCGCUGCACCAGCAUACCCCGCUGCACCAGCAUACCCGGCAGCACCAGCAUACCCGGCCGCACCAGCCUACCCAGCCUACCAAGCAGCACCUGCUUACUCGGCGUACCAGGCCGCACCAGCAUACCAGGCAUACCAGACCGCACCGGCCUACCACGCCGUGUCCGCAUACCAAGCAGCACCGGCUUACCACGCCGCGCCUGCUUACAACAAACCGGCGGCGUACAACUCCGCAUCCGCUUACUACAAACCGGCUCAGUACUCCGCGCCUAAGCCGUACGCCGCCGCCGCCGCCGCCCCGUCGUCCCCAUCGCCGUACAACUUCCAAUACAGCGUGAACGACGCACACACCGGUGACGUCAAGAGCCAGACCGAGUACGCUGACGCCAACGGUUACGUCAAGGGCACGUACAGUCUGGUGGACGCGGACGGCAGCAAGCGCACCGUAGACUACACCGCCGACGACCACAGCGGUUUCAACGCGGACGUCAAGAAGGAGGGCGGAUACGCCGCACCGUCGUCCUCGCCGGCCACAUACAAGCCCGCUUACUGAUGGGCCGCGACUGCCAACGUUCACCGAACGUCCCUCUCGUCGUCCACUUAAUAAUUUUAUAGCCCCAUCGUUACACAUAAUACCGCGAUUAUACCGCGUUCCGAGUGCGGUUAUCGGUUGUCAUUGUACAGUUGUGGUACACCGCAGUUGUGAUGGUGCACUAUGUGAUACAUUGUCGUCCUCUUACUAUUAUAAUAUUAUCAUUGUUAUUAUGUGUUUUUUGUAAAUAUAUUUCAUACGUAUAGUAA